AUGAACUGUACCGCUGGCCUACGUCGGCAACUUAUUGUCGCUCAAAAGCACGCUCUUACUUCGAUACACCGCGGUCAACCAAUUCUUGUUCCUCAAGCACUUCAUCGAUUCAACCGGCAUUUCGUGCGGACAAUAUUAACCCAGCCAAAGGUUUUUCCGACUGUCGGUUUUGAGACCGUUCCCGCAGACGAGCCGAUAGAAGAGGAAAAGCUCCCGAAUUACAAGGCCGAACGGUACUAUCCUGUCCUCAUCGGCCAAGUCCUGCAAGACAGGUACCAGAUCACCGGCAAACUUGGCUUUGGUGGAGGGUCGACUGUCUGGGCUUGUCGCGACCUCAAACAAGAUACGGCAUUGAUCAUAAAGAUCUGCGCCACCGGCGAGACUGGUGAGAAAGACGCCAGGCAGGAGGUGGCCAUUUCUGACCAUAUCAAGUCCAUCGAUGCACCGCAUCAUCCCGGCAAAGAGCUGCUGCGAAUCGCCCUGAAGAACUUUGAGAUCGAGGGGCCUAAUGGCAACCACCAAUGCCUCCUAUUUGCUCCACUGGGCAGGACCUUGACUGAGUUCCGAAAGCUUUUCCCGGGAAAUGCUCUCGACUCUAAUGUCCUGCGACAAACCUUGCUCUGUAUUAUCAUGGGUCUGGACUUUCUUCACCAAGUCGGCGUGGUUCAUACCGAUCUCUCCCCUAAUAACAUUCUUGCCGGCCUCGGUCCCCGGGAUUCGGGUGUGUUUGGUCAGAUCGAGGAGCUCGAACUAGCGACCCCGUCACCUCGCAAGGUAUUGCCAGACCGCUCGAUAUACCUCUCCUACCAGCUGCCGAUUACACAUGGUGCUCCAGUCAUCACCGAUUACGGUGCUGCUCGUCUAGGAGAGCCGGGUGAGAAGCACUCUGGGGACGUGAUGCCAGGAGUUUACCGAGCACCAGAGAUUAUCAUGGGAGCUGACUGGGAUUCCAAAAUUGACAUGUGGUCUCUCGGGGUCAUGGUCUGGGAUCUCUUCGAAGGUGGUCGUCUCUUCCGCGCUAUAAGCGCUGACCGACUGGACGACCAACUCCACCUCGCCGAGAUGGUGUCGCUGUUGGGUCCGCCACCUAGGAAGUUCUUGGAGAUGCAUGAAAAGUCCCGCAAGUAUUGGGAUUCGGAAGGCAACGGGAUUGCCUCAACCCCCAUCCCAGAUCAGUCUCUUGAGAGCCGUGAGACGAAACUAGAGGGUAAAGAAAAGCAAUUGUUCCUGGCCUUUGUGCGCAAGGUUUUGUGCUGGCUUCCAGAAGACCGCACGUCGGCUGACGGGCUCUACAAUGACGAAUUCUUGAACGGCUACAUACGGCAUGAGGGCCAUGUGGCGGCAGAGCGAGCCGCACUAGAUAAGCGCGACGCGGUAUGA